AUGGACCCUAUCAUACCGGGAGACCGCACAAUGGCUACUGUUCGUCAAGGCUAUUGGGUCCCCAAACGUCGGCAACAAAUAUACAAAAUGAUCCAAAAAUGUGUACGAUGUCGACGAUUUAACGACUUGCUUGCCAUACGGUACGUCGGACUCGACUUCUUCGAUCUUCCAACGUCCAAUCAGGACGAGGACGACACUCGCGCAUAUGAAUGCAUCUUUACCUGCACAAUUACGCGCUUAAUCUAUUUGGAAAUGGUCGCCAGCAUAGGAGUAGAACAGGAUACGUUCUCUGCCAUUCAUCCUGUCGAUUUUCUGCAAAAGAACCUUCUGCUAACUCCACCCGCAGAUCUCCUCGACGAUUCCACUUUGAAUCCAGACUAUCUCCCUCCACAAGAACUCCGUGCAUUGCAAAAUCGCCAUGAGGUAGCUGAUGAAGAGGGUGAUGAGGAUGAUGACAAAGAUGAAGAUGAAGUCCCAAGGAACCGAGAGGAAUAG